AUGGAGGCAAUAUCAGAACCAGUAUUGGCACAAGUAACAGAAGUAAUGCAAAGAACAGGGCCAGGAGGUGGCUGCCAGGUAGUUAAAGUUAUGAUUGUAUCUACCAAGAGGUCAUUGACUAGAGUAAUGGAAGGCCCAGUAAGAAAGGGAGACCAUGUCUAUUUAUUAGAAGCCGAAAGAGACCUCAAGGUGAGUAGAAGAUAA